GGAGUGGUUGGCAUGUUGGCCUCUCCUUUUACCACCAAAACCAAAAACCCUUUUUUUUCUUUUUUUUUUCUAUUUCUGACAUAUUAGAGAUCACCACUUUGAAUACAAGUGAGUGAAUUUCUGGUUUGAUAUGGGAAGGGAACCAUGUGAGAUUCAAAUGAUCAACUCCUUAAUUUCCUUUUCCUUUCCAAUUUUACCCAAAAAUAUAUAAUAUAUAUUAAAAAAAACAUACCAACAAAUCAGUUGGAAAGUUGGUUGUGUGUUGAGCACUUCACAUUCCUCUUCUACCUGCUCUCUACUUGCUCUUCAUAAAACCAAAACCCAACUUCUCAUCUUCUUCACAAACAUCAUCUCAUGGGAAUUACAACGCAAUCUUCCAUUUUCUUCUUCUUGUUUUGCGUAUGGAAUUCUUCUGUAAAUGCCUUGCUUACUGCAAAAGGUGUCAACUUUGAAGUGCAAGCCCUGAUGGCCAUUAAAGCUGCUCUGAAAGACCCACAUUCGGUUCUUAAUUGGGACGAAAACGCCGUGGAUCCUUGUAGCUGGACCAUGAUCACUUGUUCUCCUGAUAAAUUCGUCAUUAGCUUAGGAGCUCCAAGUCAAAACUUGUCCGGCAGCCUGUCACCGGGCAUCGGAAACCUGACGAAUCUCCAAUCAAUGCUUCUACAAGACAAUAAUAUAUCAGGAGGAAUCCCAUGGGAGGUUGGGAACAUACCAAAUCUGGAGACUCUUGAUCUUUCAAGCAAUGACUUCCAUGGCCAAAUUCCAACCUCUCUUUCCCAUCUUAGAAGUCUGCAAUAUCUGCGGCUGAAUAACAACAGUCUUUCUGGGACAAUCCCUUCAUCACUGGCCAACAUGACUCAGCUCGCAUUAAUGGACCUCUCUUUUAAUAAUCUCAGUGGCCCAUUGCCCACAUUGCUACCUAAAACCUACAAUCUGGCUGGGAAUACACUGAUUUGCUCAACUGGGUUGGAGCAUAGGUGCAAUGGAACUGCUCCUCCUGUUUUAUUUGCAGUCAAUAAUCCUCAAAAUCCUCAACCUUCUGGGAGAUCGAAGGGCCACGAAUUAGCCUUGGCUUUUGGCUCAAGCCUCGGAUGCGUUUUUCUGCUAACUUCAGGGUUCGGCUUCUUUAUUUGGUGGAGGCAAAGACAUAACCAGCAAAUUUUCUUCGAUGUUAAUGACCAACGAUUUGAGGAAGUUUGCCUUGGGAACCUAAGAAUUUUCCAGUUCAGAGAGCUUCAAGCAGCCACAAACAACUUCAGCAGCAAACACUUGGUGGGAAAAGGCGGGUUUGGAAACGUUUACAAAGGGUACCUUCAAGAUGGUACAAUCAUAGCAGUGAAGAGGCUGAAAGAUGGAAAUGCAAUGAGAGGAGAGAUCCAAUUCCAGACCGAAGUCGAGAUGAUCAGCCUAGCCGUGCACCGUAACCUCCUACGUCUCUACGGGUUCUGUAUGACAACCACAGAGAGACUGUUAGUUUACCCCUAUAUGUCCAACGGCAGUGUUGCAUCCCGUCUAAAAGCGAAGCCAGCUCUGGAUUGGAGCACGAGGAAGAGAAUAGCAUUGGGUGCAGCAAGGGGCCUACUGUAUUUGCAUGAACAGUGUGACCCUAAGAUUAUUCACAGAGAUGUGAAGGCUGCAAAUAUAUUGCUUGAUGAUUAUUGCGAUGCUGUGGUGGGAGAUUUUGGAUUGGCAAAGCUUUUGGAUCACAGAGAUUCACAUGUCACCACUGCUGUACGAGGAACUGUUGGCCAUAUAGCUCCUGAGUAUCUCUCCACUGGCCAAUCCUCUGAGAAAACUGAUGUCUUUGGAUUUGGAAUCCUUCUUCUUGAGUUGAUCACUGGCCAGAGAGCUCUCGAGUUCGGAAAAGCUGCAAACCAGAAAGGAGCCAUGCUCGAUUGGGUGAAGAAAAUUCACCAAGAAAAGAAGCUUGAAAUCCUAGUUGACAAGGAUUUAAGGAGCAAUUACGACCGAAUCGAGCUCGAGGAAAUGGUUCAAGUAGCUCUUUUGUGCACACAGUAUCUUCCAACCACCAGACCCAAGAUGUCUGAAGUGGUCAGGAUGCUUGAAGGGGAUGGACUUGCGGAGAAAUGGGAAGCUUCCCAGAGGGCAGAUGCAAACAGGUACAGAGUCAACGAAUUCUCCUCUUCCGAGCGAUAUUUGGAUCUUACCGAUGAUUCUUCAUUGCUUGCACAAGCCAUGGAGCUUUCAGGACCGAGAUGAUGAAUAUAUAGUUUUUCUUUGUUCCAUACAACGAAUCCCUGCAUGUAUUUCCCUACAGAAUGAGACAUUAAUAUCAAAGUGAAUCUGUCAUAUGGCAGCCUCAUGUUGAGGCUCCUGUGUUGGUGGAGAUAAGAUAACUCAGUAUAAUUGUACAGUCCGAGUUCUCAUGCUCGGAGUAGUAAUACUGGAUUGAAUUUCGCUCCUGCAGUUUUCUGGCAA